CCUCGCUUUCUUUUGCGAGCGGCAGAGGCUCCCCAACUCCUCACUCGCACAACCUCCCACGCCCUCCCCAUCCUCUUCCCACGCUCACCUGCAGCUCCGGGGCCCCUCCCGCCAGCGCGGCGUCGAGGCCGCGCAGCUCCGGCGCCCUCUCUCGCCACUCCCCUCCGCGCGUCUCUCCCGCAUCUCCUCUCCCGCUGGCAGAGGAUCGCAGCAGCUCAACCAGGGGCCUGUACGCCGCUCCCCUCGGCGCGUCCCUACUGGAGCUCCUCUCCCGCUAGCGGCCUCCCACCGUCGAGCUCUUCGUCCCGCAGCAGCUCGACGGGGGCCUUGGACGCCGCUCCCCUACCGCACUCCCCAGUCCGCGCCGCUGCCACCCCCAGUCGCGACCUCACACUGCGGAGCGCGUCCGUGCCCCUACUCCCGGAUCUCGACCCCAGCAGCGACGACAGGGACAGCGGCGGCGACGGGACUCGUGCGCUGGUGCACGGCCGCAACCUCACGCCACGGAGCGGCGGAUGAAGCUACCGUGGCGUGGGCUCUCCGGCGGCAGGAGGUCCCGGCUCCCGACGGAGGGUGGCAGCUGGUAAGGGGAUGAGUAUAACGUGUGGGGUCACUCGUGCACACAUGGAGAGUAAGAUUUAGAGAGGCUGUUGGUUCCCCAUCCAUUGAAAAGCUAUUUGACUAUCUAAAUGGCUAGCUAAACCAGAAUUUAGUUUUUUUUAAGCCAUCUGGCGCCCUUUAUUGAUCUUCUAAAAACAUUACAUCGUGCACCAGACUUGCUAGAAUAAAACUAGGGGGUUCAUCGACCCAAUUACAAUUUACAAGAUAAUUUUGAUUGAAUAGCUACUCUCGCUAUUUCAUGAGCUACUUUGUUAAACUCUCUAUUACAAUGCUCAAUUGAAAUACUUGUGAAUUCUUGCCAUAACUGAACACAUUCUUCGUAUAUUGCAGCACUCACUGUUGCAGAGAAACCCCCUUGUUUCCUUGUUUCAACCACCUCCGAACAGUCUGACUGUAUCAAGAGUUUACUGCAUCCAAUCUGCUGUGCCAAGAUGAUCCCCUCCCUGAGUGCCAAUGUCUCGGCCAUAGGAGCAUCCAGAAUAUUUCCAAAGAAUCUAGCACCAGCAAUCACAAAAGAUCCAGUAUGGUCUCUGAUUACAGCUCCCGUACUUCCCAUUCUUCUAUCAGGGUUGUAGCUUGCAUCCACAUUCAGCAUUAAGAAAUCCUCAGGAGGCUUCUUCCACCCCACCCUCACUUUUGUCGAGGCACUUGCCUUCUGAUAAUUCAUAGUAAGCGUGACAAUUGACAUGGCUGAUCUUGUCGGACUUUGAACAGUGUUCUCAAGAACCAUCAUCCGGCGCUCCCACCAUAGAUACCAGCUACCAGUUAGGAUUAGUUCUACAUGAUCAACUUUAUUUAGAUGUGCCAACUUCUUUGGAUAUCUUAUAACUUCAGCUAAAAUUACUGAUCCUGAUCGAUCCACCUGCAACAGUCUAUGUACUUCAUCUGAAAUUCCCAGUAAUCGCCAUAUUUCCUUUGUUCUGUUACAAGAGAAUAAGAGGUGUUUAAUAUCUUCACACCCUUCCUGGCAGACUGGACAACUACUCACGUUGCCAAUGUGCCGAUUUGCCAAAAUCCCUCUGCAAGGCAGCAGGCCGUGCAGCACCCUCCACCCAAAUAUUUUGAUUUUUGCAGGUACUUUCAACUUCCAUAAAUUUGUCCAUACUCUUUCAUCUCCCGCACUCCAAGCUUGCUGAAUCAACUCGUUGGCUCCAAACUUAUGUAGCCAUUGGGUGUGAUAAGCUGAUCCCACCGAAAAAUACCCAUUUCGGUUAUAAUGCCAAGCUACCCCAUCUUCUCUUCCUUGCACAAGUGGGAUCUGCAGAAUCCUAUGAACAUCCACUGACCAGAAUAUAUCCUUUAUCAAAUCUUCAUCUCAUCUUCCUGUGAUUGGAUUAAUAAGCUCAUCCACGGUUGAAAGUAAAUUCUGCCCCCUUGGUGUUAGUAUCUUCAAGUUGUGGCUCGCUGGGAUCCACUUGUCCUCCCAAAUGUUAAUCUGUGAACCAUCACCCACGCGCCAAAUAUAACCUUUUUUAAAACAUUCCAACCCUGCUAAUAUACUUUGCCAAGUGUAUGAACUACCACUUUUUUGCUUCGCAUUCAAGAGUUUCCCAUCAGGGUAGUAUCUUGCACGUAACACUCUCGCGCAUAGAGAGUCUGGUUCGAGCAGCAACCUCCACACUUGCUUUGCUAGCAAGGCUCGAUUAAAACUUUCCAAAUCUCUAAAACCCAUUCCUCCUCUAUUCUUUGGAAUACACAAUUUCCACCAAGCCUUCCAAUGUAUUCUUUUAUGGUCAUUGUCAUCACCCCACCAGAAUUGUGAUAUGGCAUCUGUCAUCCAUUUGCAAAUGUUUUUUGGGAUUUUGAAUACCAUCAUCGCAAAUACCGGAACAGCCUGAGCAAUAGCCUUAAUUAGAAUUUCCUUUCCUCCCAUACUUAGCAGCUUCUCUUUCCACCCUUUUGUUUUAGCUCGAACUCUAUCAAUCAAGUGUUGAAAACAAUCACUUCGGUCUAUCCCCACCAAGGCUGGUAGACCUAAAUAUUUAUCACUUAAGGAUUCCGUGAUAAUAUUCAGAGCCUCGCAAAUCUCUGCCUUUACUGUAACAUAUGUGUUUUGACUGAAGAAAAUGCUGCAUUUCUCUUCACUGACUUUUUAUCCAGAAUUUGCACAAUAUCUAUCGAGUAUACUCUUCAAUUUCACUGCAUUCUCUCUGGUCGACUCCAUCAAUAUCAGAGAAUCAUCUGCAAAUAGUAAAUGGGAUAUCGCCGGUGCGUCUCUACAGACUCUCACUCCCUUCAACUCCUCUCUAAUUUCAGCUCCUUUCAAUAAGCUUGACAAGCCUUCAGCUACCAACAGAAAGAGAUAGGGAGAUAAGGGGUCCCCCUGUCGAAUUCCCCUUGUUGGUAUAAAAGUUUCAGUCUCCAUGGAAUUUACUCUGACCUUGUAUUUAACAGUCUUGACACACGCCAUAACAAGAUCAACCCAUCUCUGAGCAAAACCCAUUUUUAACAUGAUUUUCUCCAGAAAAUUCCAUUCCACUCUAUCGUAAGCCUUGUGCAUAUCCAAUUUAACUGCACAUAAGCCUCUCUUUCCACGUUUCUUUUUGAUAGUGUGAAUACUCUCAUAAGCUAAUAAUAUAUUAUCAGUAAUAAGUCUUCCAGGGACAAAAGCACUCUGGUUAUCACUAAUGACUUCAGGCAAGAUAGAUCUUAGUCUAUUUGCUAGCAUUUUAGAUAUGACUUUGUACACAACAUUGCACAAGCUGAUAGGCCUGAAUUGUGACACCAAAGUAGGAUUUGUUACCUUGGGAAUUAAACCAGAAUUUAGUUAGUGUGAUUUAGCUAAGCUUUUGGAGAUGCUCUAAAAGUUUUUUUUAGGGGUACCCGUAUAAAAGUUAAUCUCCGGUAUGGAGACAAAUAUGGGCAUAUGGCCCGCGGGACAUUGCUCUGGCAGAUCAGAGAAGAGAACCGCCAGAAACUUAUUGGGCUGGGCUGUACCACAUGGCCGCGUUUCGUCAAAAGCCCGUCGCCACCGCUGAUUGACAACAACUACUCUGUGUGUGUGUGUGUGUGUGUGUGUGUGUGUGUGUGUGUGUGUGUGUGUGUGGGCCACACUGCCACCAGCGGGGGCUGCAGCCGCGGCGUCGCGGUCCAACGCAUUCUGGACUCCCCUCUGAGCCCUGACGGCUGCAUCCGAAGAUGGCCGGAGCCAGAUCCGCGGCCCUGCUCGCGCUGCUCCUCCUGGUCUGCGCGGGGGCGGCCGCCGCCGCUGCCGGGGCGAGCAAGGGCAAGGGCGGGUCCGGCCGCGGCGCGCUGCCGCCGUGCCGGGAUCUGGCGACGCGGGGCGAGUGCGCGGCGCGCAGCGGGUGCCGGUGGUGCCGCAGCGAGGCGCUCGAUGACAUGUGCUUCGGGGCCGCCGAGGCGUGGCGCCUCCCGCGCCAGGUCUUCUCCUGCGACCCGCCCUCCGGCGCCGCGAACGCCCGGAGGUAAUGCCGCCGCCGCCAAAGCUCCGGCUUCGGGAUCCCGAUCUGACCUUCGGUGUCGCCGGGCUUUGGUUGAUUCCUUCUGGAUCUGAGAUUUUACGGUAGCGUGUUUACUGCUGAUGUGUGAGUGUUUCAUGGAUUGGCCUCGUGCAUUACUGUAAAUCUGGUCGAAAUCCGAUCUGAGCGUGGCAAUCAUUUGGAUGAUUUGCUUACGAAGCUGUUGUGAGUAUCGGUGUUGCAACGGCAA